AGGGAGAAGCUCCCAGCGUGGCUCCCGCUCCUCCUUGUCCCCGUGAGCCUGGCGCGUCCCCUCCCUGCGGGUGGCCACGUCCCCCGAGCCCCGGCUGCCGCCCGCAGCCCCUCCCCAGCCCAGCGCCGGCCGGUUCCCAUUGCGGGGCCGCGGCCCGGGAAUGGUUCCACCGUUGCCAAGGGCAGAACCCGAGCGCUCGGGCUGCCCGCAUCUGCCCUGCGCGGUGUGUGAGUGACUCCCGCCUGGCCGCCGAGCAGCUGCUCCACGAUGCUGAAGCGUGUGGCAGACACAAAGUGGCUCCUCUGGCUGCUGAGCACAGUGCUGACCUUGCCAACGGGAGCGGUGGCGGCUCCGGUGCCGGCCGUGCCGGGCAGCCCGCUGUCGGACAGGGAGUACGAGCAGUUCUUCACCAGGCUGCACCCGCCCUGGCAGGCCAACAUGUUCUGUCUGCUGCGCCAGGCGUACGGCUGCCUCAGCCCCAGCGUCCUGCGCCUGGACCGGGACGAGAACCAUGGAGAAAUCCCCGAAGGGCCAGUCUGCUCUGAAUUUCCAGAGGUGGUGCAGUUCCAGACCUUCUGCCAGUUCGCCCAGUACCGCUGCCUCAAACAGCAGUUCUUCAUCAAGCGAGUCCCAUGUUCAAGUGAGUCUCUAGCAAGCCCUUCCCCGAUGGAGCCAUCCAGCACCGUGAACCCCUUGUCAGAGGGCAGAGCCUCCCCUCUCACACAAGGUACGGCCACACUGAGCUAUGCUGGGCACCCCUGCUCGCCUGCUGCCGCCCUCAGCUGCUCCAUCCUCUGUGUCACCACUCAGAAGCAGGCUGUUCUGUCACCUGCUGAUGCCCUGCUGCAGGACAGAGUGGUGGACCUUCUCAAGUUCUCUCCUGCACUGUUAGCUCAGAAACCGUGGCCGACGAAGCGCCCCACAGCCACGCCAAAGUUGCCCACACCCUGGCAGAAGAAUAGGACUAUGCACCCACCAAAUCUCUGGGCUGCCACCUCACCUUCCCCUGACGAACAAAGCCUGAGAAAAAGCAUCUGGCAGCUGAUCCAUUCGGCCCUCUCCUUGGAUGCAUCCUUGGACACCAAGCCCUCCUCUUGGAACUUCACCAGCUCGGGCCCAGGACACCCAUCAGAGCAGGACAUUCCCCCCCGAGGCAGCCUUCUAGCCCUGCAGAACGAUGAGGCAGUACUGGUCCUGUGCUAUGCAGUGCUGGAGGGAAAUUGCCUCUCGUCGAUGCUCACCAUGGCCUGGAAGGAGAUGGAAAAAAGAGUCCUUGGGUUCGAAGACUCGGUGUGUGACAGCCUUGGGCGGCACCACAUGGACCUGUGCCCUGACUGCGCUUUCUGCUCACUGAAGAGGGAGCAGUGCCAGAACAUCGAGACCCUGAACCGCGUGCACUGCGACUCGGGCGGCUUCUCCUCCUACAUCAACCCCGAGAUCUCAGCCCAGCACGGGCAUAUAGAGCGCCAGCCCAUGUCCUCAGAUACUCUGGAGGACUACAACAUGGACUUCUUGAGAGGGAUGAGGAUGGAGUACUGGUGCAGCCGGAUGGCCGUCUAUGGCUGUAAGGACCCUGCUGUGACCCUCUGGAUGAAGUCAGAGUAUGAAACCUUCCCAGACAUAGAUGGCUCAGAAAAGAUCUGUGACUCGAGCGGGGUUCAGCAUCCCAACUACUGCAUGUUCAAGAGCUACCAGUGUCUCCUGAAGAGCAUCUACAACGAAAGGGUGGUUCCCGUGAAAUGCAGGCGUAACAUGGCCUACCGGGUACUGAGUGCAAUGGAGGGACACAAGGAGGUGCAGCUGUGGCAAGAGAGGUUCCAAAGCCUCUCCAGGGAGCAAUCAAAAAAUGAUUAA